UCUCUCGUUCAUCCGGAUCCGUUCCUUUCCGGUCAUUCUCUCUCUCCGUCCAUAGGAGAACAUCCAAUCAUGAUCACUCCGAUCAAACUAGCCUUUCUCUUAUUAUUCAUCAUCGCAACAGCAACCGCUGCACCUAAAGCCAAACGCAGGAACUACCUUUUCACACCGCAUGCAAAAGCAGUCGCGGGAAUAUGCACUGUCGUCCUAACAAACACAAGUCCAUGCUGUAAAACCCUUAAACACGUUCCUACCGACGACCCUAUCGAAUUGAUCCGAGCGUUAGCGGCUGCGACUGAAUCUUCCGUGAAAAGAAGUGUGGUUUUCCUCUCCGAGAUCAAACCAAAACACAAAUCAAACGCAACUGCAGCCGCAGUGAUCAACAGCUGCGAAAAAAACUUGAAGUACGCGUUAGAAGAUUUCACUGAUUUUUGGAACGCUACGGGGAAAGAUGUAAAGACGUUGGCUCAUAACUAUUUCACGUGUAAGAAGAAGUUAAUGUCGAUCAUGGGGUACCACUGGACUUGUUUGGAUGAUAUUGAUGAUAAGAAUCUGUUGAAGGAAGUGGAGACUGGGAUUAGUGUUGGGAAGAAUCUAAGCAGUAAUACGUAUGAUGUGUUUAAUGGUUUGAAAACUAUUUUUAAGACGUUUGGUAUCAAGGUGAAACUUAACGAGGAAGACACUUCGCCCCAACCGCCACCAUUGUCGAAUUAUUACUACUGAUUAAAUGAUUUGGAUGUAAUAAAUAAUUAAUAUCACUCGUAUAAUGCCUAAAGCGACCAUGUAUGAUGUAUGUUCUAGGUUUUAUACAUGUACGGAUGGAUUUCGAGAUUAUUGGAAAGGAUAUAUUAAUGGAAUGUGAGUUUUUUUUUAUAA